GACGACUUUUCUCAUCUUAUAUAUUUCUUUUAUUAUAAUAAGAACAUAUAUAGCUAUUACAGCUGAUCGAUCGUUCAGUAGUGAGAUGGCGAUGGCGAUGAUCAAGGAGAAGGAGUCGAGUAUGGUGAAGCCAGCGGAGAAGACUCCACGGCGGCGACUUUGGCUCUCGAUUUUGGACAUGAUGAUAAACAGUCACACUCAUGUUCCAAUACUAUACUUCUACAGAUCCAACAAUGGAGCCUCCAACUUUUUUGAUGCCAAUAUUCUCAAACAAGCCCUUAGUAAGGUCCUUGUCCCUUUUUAUCCCAUCGCCGGCCGCUUACGGCUCGACGGCGGUGGCCGGACUGAGAUAGACUGUAAUGAGGAAGGUGUCCUCUUCGUCACGGCGGAGACCACCGCUGUCAUCGAUGACUUGGGAGAUUUUGCUCCCUCGCAAGAGCUUCGGAGGCUCACUCCAACUGUUGACUACUCUCUCGGAAUCUCUUCUUAUCCCUUACUCUUAUCUCAGGUCACUUACUUCAAGUGUGGUGGAGUAUCACUUGGUAUUGGUUUCAACCAACAGUUGGCAGAUGGGCCUUCUGCAUUUCACUUCAUUGAAUCAUGGUCUAAGAUCGCUCGUGGUCUUGACAUUACUAUUCCACCAUUUUUAGAGCGAACAUUACUUCGACCUCGAAACCCACCUCAGCCCUCAUUUCAUCACAUUGAAUACCAACCUCAUCAUCAACAAGACUUUACUAAAGUUGUCACUAAAGUCGCUUGUUUUAAACUCACCAAGGAGCAACUAAACACCAUAAAAGCAAAGGCCAAGGAAGAUGUCAAUACCAAUAAUACAACCAAGUUGAGCACAUACGAGACUUUCGCAGCUCAUAUUUGGAAAUGUGUUUGUCAAGCACGCGAGCAAUCUGAUGAUCAACAAACCACCUUAUACUUUCCUAUCAGUGGAAGAUUCUCCAAUAGAUUGCAACCCCCACUUCCACCUGGUUACUUUGGUAGAGGGAUUUUUGCAGCUGCAUCAAUGGCCAAGGUAGGUGAUCUUAAAACCAAACCACUGUCUUACGCUGCAAGUUGUAUCCAUAAAGAUUUGGAGAAAAUGGACAACGAUUAUUUAAGAUCAAGUAUUGACCAUUUGGAGCUUCAUCCUAAUGCGUCCUCCCUUCGGCAUGGGCCUCACACUUACAGUUGUCCAAAUCUUAGAAUUAUCAGUUGGGUUAGGUUGGUAAACUAUGAUGUUGAUUUUGGAUGGAGUCGACCUAUUUACAUUGGACCUGGUGGCAUUAUGUACGAGGGAAAAUCAUAUGUUAUACCUUGUCUAGGCAACGAUGGAAGUUUAUUGGUGCAUAUAGCUUUGCAACCACAACAUAUUACAGCAUUUGAGAUACUGUUUUAUCAAUAUGACGAGAACAAACGUCUUGGUGUUGGAGACUUCAUUAUUCGAUCUACUCUAUGAUCACUCUUUAUUUCUAUAUACGUUUUGAAAUAUGUACGAUAUAUAUAGCUAUACUAGUACUAUGUAGAGAUAUAGUACUAGAUAUAUCAUGCUACCUAGUGAUGACCUAUAUAUACAUAUCAUUGAAUAAUUUUUUAAAUAAGAAAUUUUGAAUGUAUAAAGUCUCUUGUAUUUGCAUUUUAAUUUUAAAAAAUAAUAAA